GCUGCUGCAACUCUGCUCCGCUCCUCACCGACGGCAACAGCAACGUCUCUGAAUAAUAUAUAUUCAUCUCCCAGGUUAAAAGAAAAAACACUCAUUGUUUCUCCCUGUUUUACUGAACAGCCCUCAUCAUGUCUAAAGGUACAGUGGUUCUGGCCUACAGCGGUGGACUGGACACAUCGUGUAUUCUGGUUUGGCUGAAGGAAGAGGGCUACGAUGUCAUCACAUACUUGGCCAACAUUGGGCAAGAUGAAGAUUUUGAAGCUGCCCGGAAAAAGGCAGAAAGCCUUGGUGCAAAGAAGGUUUUCAUUGAGGACCUGCGUGCAGAGUUUGUGGAGGAUUUCAUCUGGCCCGCAGUUCAGGCCAAUGCUGUGUAUGAGGACCGGUACCUGAUGGGCACUGCGGUAGCACGCCCCUGCAUCGGCCGCCGUCAGGUUGAAAUUGCACGCAGGGAGGGUGCCCAGUUUGUCUCCCAUGGUGCCACAGGAAAGGGCAAUGACCAGAUACGUUUUGAGCUCACAUGCUACGCCCUCUACCCCGAGGUUAAGAUCAUUGCACCGUGGAGGAUCCCUGAGUUCUACAACCGCUUCCGGGGAAGAAUAGACCUGAUGGAAUAUGCACAGAAACAUGGCAUCCCUGUUCCUGUCACUCCUCGGGCACCCUGGAGCAUGGAUGCCAACCUCAUGCAUAUAAGCUACGAGUCUGGCAUCCUUGAGGAUCCCAAGAGCCAUGCCCCGGAUGACCUGUACCUGAUGACCAAGAACCCAGAAGAUUCUCCUAGCACCCCUGACCUACUGGAGAUAGAGUUCAAAAACGGAGUGCCUGUCAAGGUGACCAACGUGAAGGAAGGCAAAUCCAAGGACUCACCACUUGAUAUCUUCUCAUACCUUAAUGAGAUUGGAGGAAAACACGGUGUGGGCCGGAUUGACAUCGUAGAGAACCGUUUCAUUGGGAUGAAGUCCAGAGGGAUUUAUGAAACCCCAGGAGGCACCAUCCUGUUACAGGCCCAUUUAGACAUCGAGACGUUUACCAUGGACAAAGAGGUGCGGCGGAUCAAACAGGGACUGAGUAUCAGGUUCUCUGAACUCGUCUACAACGGUUUCUGGUACAGUCCAGAGUGUGAUUUUGUGCGUCAUUGCAUAGCCAAGUCCCAGGAGAAUGUGGAAGGCAAAGUACAGCUGUCUGUCUUCAAGGGUCAUGUCUACAUCCUGGGACGAGAGUCACCCAAGUCCCUUUACAAUGAGGAGUUGGUCAGCAUGGAUGUUCAAGGAGACUACGACCCAUGUGAUGCCUCUGGAUUCAUCAGGAUCAACGCUGUCAGGUUAAGGGAACACCAUCGUCUGCAGGGUUUCUCCAGCACCAAGCAGUAACUGUUGCAGUCCUGUGAGCCAUCUCUCUCCACUGUGUCUUAAGCAGUAGUAGGUUAGGCCUUGUGCCUCCAUUGUCUACCUUUUGCCUUAUUGUCUACUGUUAGUUCUUAGCAUUAGCACACCAGACUCUUGCCGUAAACACUUAGGGUUAGGGUUACUUUUGUGGUCAAGAGUGGAGGAAGACGAUCUAUCAACUGUAACAUCAUAACAAUAAAAAAAAUUCAGGUGUACUGGUAAUCAUAAGGUAGAGUGGAAGAAUAUUUUCAGAAAACUUAGUUCUUAAUAUCAGUAGAUCAAUACUUGAACUUACAUAUUUAGGAAUUGUUGGU